AAUACCUCCAUUUUCUACAUCUCUACAGGAAGUGGCGGCGGCGGUGGCGGGCGGGCGCGGCAUCCCGUGCCUGUUGAAGCUGCGGUCAGGGGACCAGCCAGAGUGGCAGCCGAAUCGGUGGCGGCCGGAGCAUUGGCAGGAGCGGCGUUCGGGGCAGGCGAAGCGGGGGCGGCCGGAGCAUUGGCAUUUGCGGCGAUCGGGGCGGCGGGCGGAGCAUUGGGAGCGGCAGUGGGAGCGGCGGUGGCAUUUGCCGUGCCGGCGGUGGUGACUGGAGUGAUGUUGGCAGCUGGCAGACGCACCGUGUGUGACGGCAAGAGUAUCAGUAAAGAAGCUGCUGAUCUUCGGCCUGUGAAGCGGAGCAGCAGUUAUGAAAUGCUGCCACCAAACCUGUCCGGGCUGAGGGUCGUUCUGCUGGGGAGCAGCUGGUCUGAGAGGAGCUCGGUGGGGAACUUCAUCCUGGCCGAGUGUCUUCACUUCAAUCAGUUCAAGUCUGAGGAAGAACCGGACUGUUUAAAACAAAGAGGAUGGCUGAAGGAGAAAGAAGUGGUUCUGAUCAACACUCCAGAUCUGCUGCUUUCCUGGACAUCCAAUCACAGCCUGUGUGAAGCAUGCAGGCGCCUCUCUGAUCCUGGACCUCAUGUGUUCCUGCUGGUGUACAGCCUGAAGACUUCACGGAGAAACACAAAGAGAAGCUCUGCAGUUUCCUUAAGCUCUACAGUGACCGAUCAUUUGAUCAUUCACUGGUUCUGUUAUCAACACCCAGAGAGCAGAGCUCAGCGUUCAUGAGAAGAUGUUUGCAACAUCCGCCCUUAAAAGAGAUGAUCGAGAAAUGUAAAUCCAGGUUUCUGUGGAGGGAAAAGCUUGAACCGGCAGAGCUGUUAACACGACUGGAAGAAGUUGUGGAAGAGAACAACGGAGAGCAUGUUUGAGCAUAAACACGCACCAGGGAAAUCGGUAUCUACAGCUGGUGUAGAUGUUUGGUUAAGAUCUACACCAAGAUGCCUUUUCUUCAAACUGUGAUGUGUGUUGGUUUUUUGCGAGUGAGUGUGAACCUUGUUGUCUGUCCACUAACAUCUCCUCAGGCUGAAUCUUGCUCACCAAGAUGGCGCCGUUGAUGGCCGCCACGGUGCUUCGGUGCACUUUGUUUUUGUUGCUUUUGUUGUUAAUUACGUUUGCUGAGCAUUUAAUUCCACUUUAUUUUAUUACUUGUGCACUGUUGUCUUGUCUGUCUACUGUCGCCCACUAACCGCCAAGACAAAUUCCUUGUAUGUUUGGCAUAUUUUGGCAAAUAAAUGUUUCCUGAUUCCUGAUUCCUGAAGGACCUCUCACGCUUUGUCAGAACACCUUUUAUUACCUGCUCUAUGGACUCUCUGCUGACUCCUCACCCACAAGUCUUACCUGGGGGGACGAGUGAUAGAGACACAGCAUCUCACGGAUCGGAGACCAGAGACUUGGGUGUCUCCUCGCUAACAGUAAAACUGCCAGAUGUGUCCAGAUGUAAGAUGAAUUCAUUCCAUCAGGAAUGAAUAAUAAAAACAUUCACAAACCCGUAAAGAAGGAAUGGAAUAAAGGGCUUUGUGGAACAACCGACUUCGCCACGCACGCACACCUUGAGUACGGUGUCCCGCAGCGUGCACACGGAACGCGAACAUAAGCAUUGAACAGAUGAUGGACAGUUCUGGUUAGACAUGUUUAGUUUACUUCAUCAAUGCAGGUAAAACACUGUACAACUAACACACAACUAUGUAAUCAGUCGCAGACAAUAUGGAUGUGGAUUAAAAAGGAACUUGUUAAAUGAC